UUUUAAAUUAUAAGAGUACAUAACAAGUUCAGAAGUUCUGAUCGAUAAGUACGGAAACAAGACAGGUUUAAAUAUCACUAUGUAUAUCUUACAAAAAGGUGGAAUGAGUAAAACGUGAAACCCCUAGUUAUUUUUUGCGGAAUAUGAUAAGAGAAAGUCGGUUCCUUGACCAUGACCUUGUAUCGCACGUCAUCUCCACAAUGGUUAUCUUUGACUUUCUAUAAAUAUGGGAAGGGACGGAUAUUGAUUGAUUUAUAUACUAUGAAUUAAUAUAAUUUGCGGUGUGUCGGUGACUCAUAAGUCAUAACAUUGAUUUUAAAUAUUUGUGUAAGACAGCGACUUUCCAUUAAGCGACAGAUAAUGCAGGACAAGUAUCUAGGCAUGUUCGAGGGUCGAUUAUGUAUUUUAUUAAAACAACUUUUGGUGUAUAUACAUAUUCAUUUCCUCUUUAAUUGCUUUCAGACACAACAAAGAAAGGUUUCAGACAAGAAAGAUGAAGUUCGGAAAAGAAUUGUCGUCACAAAUGGUACCGGAGUGGCAACAAGCUUACAUGAGCUACGAUUAUCUCAAAAAACUUCUCAAAGAAAUCAUCAAACUCAAACUCAGAACCAACCCUCCUCCCCAUACUCCUCCACAUCAAGCCGUUUCCGGUAAAAGACUUAGCCGCAAGAUGACUCUAUACCGAGCUUUUAGCGGCCUUGUCCAAACGCAAGGAAGGAAAAGACAAAGUUCGGGGCAAAUCAACCCUUCUCUAGAAACUGACAUUGAAGAAGGUAAUGCACCGAUACUCGUCAACAAAACGAGUAAUGGAUUAGAAACUAUGUUCUUGAUGACGGCAGAGGAAGGAGGAGAAUAUGAAUUGAUCUUUUUCAGGCGACUCGAUGAUGAGUUUAAUAGAAUUGAGAAAUUCUAUAAAGAGAAAGUAGAAGAAGUAAUGAAUGAUGCGAUUAUGCUUAAUAAGCAAAUGGAUGCUCUAAUUGCAUUCCGAGUUAAGGUUGAGAAUCCUAUUGGGUGGGGAUGGGAAGAACGGACGGUGGAGAUGACUCGCUUGGCCUCCAAUGUUGCUACUUCCACGGCUGCGAUUGCUGCUUCUACGCCCUCUAAAACUCGAACUGCUAAAGCUCGCAUGGAGCCGAUACAUGAAGGAGGCGGAUCCCGCACAGCUGAUCAACCCGAAGAAGAUGAAGAUCACGGUGACGAGAGAAGGAGCAGCUUGAGCAAAGCGGCAGCUGGGAGGCCAGCCCCUAUCGAGGUUCUAGACCACAUAAAGAUCAACAACACUAAGGAAACGCCUAGGUCCACCAUUAAAGGCGUUAUCCAUUCCUCGAACCAUGAGGAGAUCAAAUUCACUAGGCGUAAUCUGAAGGAAGUGGAAGAGAAGCUCAAAGUCGCUUUCGUCCAGUUUUACCAAAAGCUUCGUCUCCUCAAGAGCUACAGCUUUCUGAAUGUGUUGGCGUUCUCCAAGAUUUUGAAGAAGUAUGAUAAGAUAACUUCAAGAAACGCUUCGAAGCCUUACAUGAAAAUGGUUGACAAUUCGUAUCUCGGAAGCUCAGAUGAGCUAAUGAAACUGAUACAGCGUGUUGAAGCUACAUUCAUAAAGCAUUUCGCAAACGGUAACAGACGAAAAGGAAUGAAAAUUUUGAGACCUCUAAUGAAAAGAGAGAGACAUCGACUCACAUUCUUCACUGGUUUCUCUGCUGGAUGCAUGUUUUCUCUUAUAGUAGCUCUUGUAGCCAUCAUACGCGCCAGGAAUAUCUUUCAAGAGGAAGGCUACAAAGAUUACAUGAAUAGUGUGUUUCCUCUUUAUAGCUUGUUUGGGUUCAUUGUGCUUCACAUGAUUAUGUAUGCUAUUGAUAUAUACUAUUGGAAGCGUUAUAGAGUAAAUUAUGCCUUCAUAUUUGGGUUCAAGCAAGGAACUGAACUUGAUUACAGACAAGUUCUGUUUGUGGGAUUUAGCAUUGGAGCUUUUGCAUUGCUUUGUGUUCUUGGUAAUCUUGACAUGCAAGCAGACCCUAGAACCAAAAGUUACCAAGCACUAACCGAACUUCUUCCUCUUUUCCUUCUUGGUGCUAUGCUUUUAGUUUUAGUCUUGCCGUUAAACAUUCUCUACCGCUCAAGUCGCUUCUUCUUCCUCACGUGUUUGUUUCACUUCCUUGCUGCUCCUCUUUACAAGGUAACGUUGCCUGAUUUCUUCUUAGGAGAUCAAUUAACUAGCCAAGUACAAGCUCUUCGAAGCAUCCAGUUUUACAUAUGCCACUAUGGAUGGGGAGACUUCAAACAAAGACAAAACACUUGUGGACGCUCAGAAGUAUACAACAUUUUCAUAUACGUUGUUGCUGUAAUACCGUAUCUAUCUCGCCUCCUUCAGUGCAUACGCCGAAUGUUUGAGGAAAGAAGUCUAGAGCAAGGAUACAACGGAGUCAAAUACUUUUUAACAAUAUUAGCGGUUUGUUUAAGAACAGCUUAUGGUUUUGACAAGAACAAGAAUCAUAAGUUUAUUCUCAAAGUAUUAGCUGGUUCUGCCUCAGUCCUUGCUGCUGUUUUCUGUACAUACUGGGACUUUGUCUAUGACUGGGGACUUCUGAAUAGAACAUCCAAAAACAGAUGGCUUCGAGAUAAACUUCUCGUCCCACACAAGAGAGUAUACUUCAUUGCAAUGAUUUUGAACGUUGUGUUGAGAUUUGCAUGGCUGCAAACGGUAUUGGAUUUUGAAAUUAACUUUCUUCACACUCAAACUGUGCUUAUGGUUGUGGCCUGUCUUGAGAUUAUUCGCCGUGGGAUAUGGAAUUUUUUCAGGCUAGAGAAUGAGCAUUUGAAUAAUGUGGGGAAGUACCGAGCUUUCAAGUCAAUUCCAUUACCGUUCAGCUACGAUGAAGAUGAUGACAAGGAUGACUAACAUGUCUGCAGAAAAACGUCAACUGACAUUUACUUAUACAUUUUGAACAUACAAAAUUAAGUUUUUAUAACAAAAAUUAUUAUUGUUUAUACAAAACUGAAAGCCCAUAUAUCAAAACGCAUAGCCAAUUAGGGUGUAGAGAUUUUUUUUUUUUUUUGGCGUUAGCUUGUCUGGCAAAACAAAUGAUGUGGCUAUAAUGUUUGGUGGAAUUUUAGUAUUGUAACAUAUAUUUGCACUCUAUUUUUUUUUAACACAUACUCAUUGAUGGGUCAUUGGCUUAUAUAUUGAUACCACGAUAAGACUUCUGCCUUGCGAAUGGUGAAAUAUUUAUUAAAAAUUUUAUGUUUACAUAUUGCAUAUUGCAAAUUCUGAUGAUUUCUGAAUACAUGUGUUCUUGUGGUCAACAUGUAUUUGGUAUUUAUGUUUUUCUCAAUAUAGAAUAAUUAACUAAUUAUAAAUAUUUAGUACACAUAGAAAAAGUAUAAAAAGCCCAAAUCAAACAAUUAAAAUGUGAUAUCAUUGUUACUCUUAUAAUCAUAAUUAAAAGUUUUGAAAAAAAUUGAUGGUAUUUCUAAGAAAAAACUCAACCGUAUACAUAUAUAUAUAUAUAUAUUAGGCAUAGAUAGGUUUUCAUAUUUUUUGGAAAGUUUAUAUAAUUAAUAUUUAUUAUCUAGAAACCGUAUUUUAGCGUGAUACAUUGAACCAAUAUUUAUGUAAGUUUUCAAUAACUACCACAAACAUAUUUGACAAUUUGUUUUCAAUGGUCGAAAUCAUAGACUUUGUGACAAAAUAUAUUAUUAUUAUCGUAAAUUAAACUUACCAUAUAUAACUUCUUCAAAAUUUUGUACCAAUCUUAAAAAUUCGAUUGAAGCAUUAACUUGGUGGAAAAAUUUCUUAUUUAUUUAAAAAACCUGGUAUAAAAACAAUUAAUCUAAACUUACCAAAAGAGCUUGAUUCAAAAAUUGUGUAUCAAAAAAAUUUGGUUCAAAAUUUAGGAUUUUUAUUGUCUUCUAACGAUAAUAAUACCGGCAGUUUACGAUUCAUCCUCCUUCGCCUCAAUUGAAAUUAAAAAUAACAUUUAAGCGACCUCAAUUAUAUAUAAUCCGAAAUAAGUAGUUCUUUUCUAAUUAAACAUAUUGUAUUGUCAAAUUUAAGAUU